UUCAAAUAAAGAGCAAAAAGAAAAAAACCCUAGCGGAUACAUUUCUUCCCUCCCUAUCUCCAAUUCUCCCUCCAUCUCUACGAACUCUUCUUCCUUUCUCUCUCUAUACACACUAUUCUCUUCUUCAACCGAGCAGCUCUGUUAAUUUCUUGGGUUUAUGCAGAACGAAUCUACGUCAAUUUCAGAUAUUAAUUGAUGGUGGCAGUGGAUAUGGUUUAAUUGAUUCUUGGCAUUUGAAAAUCAACAAUUUAUGACGGGAUAGAACUAAAGUUCUGAACUGUUGCCGCAGAAGACUGAAGGGACAAGUUUUGAUAAAGAAGAAAGGUAUGGGGAAAGUGUCUCCAAAAGAUCGGGAGUCAAAAACCCCCAAACAGAAAAGGCGAUUAAAAAACUCGAGCAACAAGUAUUUGAAGCCAGGUGCUCUUGCACAGUUUCGGUACAAUAAGGCCACAGCUGUCAAAUCAUAUGCGGACCUAGGGAAGAAAAGUGUGGCCUUGAUGGCUGCAAAGAAUGCAGAGCAUAAUGAUCAUGCAGUACAAAGUAAGGUUAUGGACAAAAGCCCUUUAAUGUUAUCACCUGUGGAUGUUCUGAAACAGAAUGCUUUGGUAAGAACACCAAAGACGCCUCGCAUGGAGGAAUAUGAUUCUGAGUCAAGGCUCGAGUCUCUGCCUAUGGAUUUGCUGGUCAAAAUACUAUGUCAUCUGCACCAUGACCAACUGAGGGCAGUUUUUCAUGUCUCUCAAAGAAUCAGAAAAGCUGUUUUGCUUGCUAGACAAUUCCAUUUUAAUUUCACUACGCCAGAUCGCUCUCGACAGGAGAUGUUGAGAACCAUGACUCCAAGGCCAACUGAACACUGGCCUUUUGUUAGCAAAGGAGAUGGGAAGUGUGUUAUCAUUCCAAGCCCCCACACCCCAAAAGCACCAAAGCAUGGUCCUCGACCGCCUUCUCGCAUUAAAAUCUCAGAUGUGAGGCAGAUUACUGCUGUUCUCUUUCAAGAUCCAGCAUUCCAUUCAAGGUGUAUGGUUCCUUCUGUUCUGCCCAGGCCCUUAUGCAAAUCUUUGGCUUCAAAUCGAGUAUUAUUCUAUGAGGAGGAAUUGUGUCAGGCUGUUGCUCAGAAUAAGCUUCGCUGAUUGAGCCUAGUAUCUAUCUCGUUGCCUCUUGUUUUCUGUGUGUAUAGUUUGCAGUGCUUUCCGUAGUUUGCUUGUAGUUAGGCAGGGAGUAUGCAAAUUUUGUAGCUUUCAUGGGUCAGUGCUAGGUUAUAUGCAACUCCAAUUUGCAAUAGGGGUUGGCAAAAUUUAGACAGUGUUUGUUGGAAUAAUGUAUUUGAACUAGUCACAUGUAUAUCUUCAUAUAUGUUUGAAAUUGAAAGAAUAUCUACUUUGUUUCUUCUCAA